AUGCCUCGGCCGUACAUCCCAAUCAAGACAGUGGAUGCGCCUAAGAAAGUUGCACGCCACAUCCAGGCCGAGUACGCGCGCACGACGGUGAUCGCGCACAUGUCCUCGCCGACCACGGGCGGACACCCCGGUUGGGGCAAGCCGGGAACGGAGUGGGAUGGUGUUCACUUCCGAAGCUACAUUCUGGCGACGGUACCAACGAUGCAGGAGCUGCUGCUUCCUAGUGUCAAGCUUCGCCGAUCGGACGUCAGCGAGCUCGUCCCCGCUGCAAAGUCGUUAGAUCCGAACGACUCCGUCCUCCCUACCUUCGUGGCGAGCUACGUCACAUUGGUCCAGAAGGCGCUGUACGCGGGCGAAGAGCCGAGCCAGAAGGACGCACACGCGACACAGAUCUGUCUCCAGGUCGUCAAGAAUCUGGUCGACAUCAAGCGAAAGCGCGCCGCUGGUGCUGGGCAUGCUGGUGCUGGUGCUACAGCUGCGGCUGGCACUCGCGCUGACAUUGCUUCGCCGCACGCACACUUCACCUCACCGCCCACAGCGUUGCCGGGACGCAUGCUCGAGGGCCACAUCUAG